GCGCCGGUCACAUCUCGUCCGACCACGGACCUGCGCGGACUGCCUGCUCGCCGGUGCCCCGGCAGCCAUGUUGUCUUCGCCCGCCAGCCUCGAGACACGCACGCUGUGCAUGUUCCUGACGCUGCUCGCCGGAGUGUCGGGCGCCAGCCUGGGGAUGAUCGACCGGUCCGGACCCAGGGCGCACGAUCGCGCCGUGGUCCACGCCUCUCCCUCGGCCGCCGCUGGUCCCGAGUACGUCAGACUGCCGGCGGGACCCUCGCGCGGGCACAGGACGUGGCUGGUGCCCGGCGGGGGGUCGAGGGUCUGGCAGCACGACUUCGGCCCGGGGUCCCCGGCCGGCGAGGUCCUCCAGCAGCUACAGCCCGCCCGCGCCGUCGACACCCGCCCCUCCUCCUCCUCCCCGCCGGCGCAGGCCGAGGACUCCCCGCUGGUGGUGUCCUCCGGCAGCUGGACCAACACGGCCAGCCUCGGCGACUCUGCCCCGGCGGCGCCUUCCGGAGUUCCCGACGCGUCCGCGGACCCCGGAGGAGCGCGAGGUGCGGGGAAGGCGUCGUUCUACGUCGACCCGGGCGACUCGAGUUCGGGAAACGCGGGAAACUCCUCCGGUUCCACCACCACCACCACCACCACCACCACCACCGCCAGCUCCAGCGACGGCUCCAGCGACGACGACGACGACGACGACGGCGAAUAAACGGUGUCCUCGGCACGUCUGCCUCCGUCGCUGCGCCGCCGAGGGCGUGAGAAGAGUACACAGACACACAAAGUGUAUUGUUUCUUCUUGUAUUUAAUCUAUUAACAGCGAAUCUGCUCCGAUGCCAACCAAGUAAAAAUGUCUACAGUAUGUUUUUUUUUUUUUUUUAGAACACAGUGUAUCUUAAUUUUCAAGUAUUCUUAUUUAUUCAUGUGUUUUACUAAUUAAAAUUGGAGUGGAAUCAUUAGUGUGUCAAACUAUUGUAUGUGCAGUGUUUUACUAAGUAAAUGCUCGUUCUGAAAGUUA